AUUUUCCUCGUUCAAAUAGUAAUUCUACGUGUUGAACUGUGAAAGCUGCAGAUUUGCCAUGGAGAAAUCCGUUGCCGUGGACGAUCGUCAAAUCCAAGUUCGAUUUGUGACGAAAUUAACCAGGUAUGCUGUGCAGGACACCUUGUUUUCGAUACCAGCUUCCAUUGAAACCCCUGGAAUGAAUGAACUCAUUUCAGGAUUAUUGAAAGAAGGUGACCCUGGCGUGGGUGCUCCUCCAGACUUUGAAUUUCUCAUCGCGGGAGAAUUUCUGCCGGCAAGUCUAGGUUUCUUCAUUGACGAAAAAGGACUUUCAACGGAGGAAGUCGUUGAAAUCGAAUAUUUGGAGAAGUUUCCGGCCCCUGAGCCAUUCGACAGUCUUACUCAUGACGACUGGGUGAUCCUGACUGGUUGCUACGACAACAUGAUUCAUAUCUGGAAUGACCGUGCGAAACAUUUGCUAUCAAUUCCUGGUCAUAGCGGACCGGUGAAGGCCGUCAAAUGGCUUAAACAAGAACUGCCUGAUGGAGGACGCUUGUUCGUUAGUGCAUCUCACGAUCAGACCGUUCGCAUGUGGAAAUGGUUCCCGGACAAAAACUUGGCGACAGCUGUUUUCAAUGGGAUCGGUCAUCAGCGGACGGUUGAAGCACUUGCGAUCGACCCGAACCAGCGAAUGAUCGCCUCAGGCUCCUUUGAUACGAUGUUGAAAAUUUGGUCGGCUGAUCCCGAUGAGGAGCCUGGAAGAAGCGAAGCGAAGAAGGCGAAAGGGGAAGAUGCUUCAGCUGUCGAGAAGCGUGUACCAGUCAUGACCUUUUCUGGUCACGUGGAAGCAAUCACAGCCGUUGUUUGGCACCUGCCGGACGAAAUUUGUACAGUUUCUUGGGACCAGACAAUUCGUCUUUGGGAUGCUGAAAUGGGCGGGGUUAAAGCACAGUUCGCCGGUUCACGUGCAUUUUUGGAUGCUGACUGGGCCAAACUGAGAAGCGGACCUGCUCUACUUACGGCUUCUGCUGAUCGUCACAUUCGCUUAUACGAUCCACGAUCACCAGAAGGGAAUCUGGUCAAGGUGACUUUCACUGCACACAAUGGCUGGGUGACAUGCGUGAAGUGGUCGCAAGAUAAUGAAGACAUGUUUGUUUCUGGAGGCCACGACAUGAAACUGAAGCUAUGGGACAUUCGCAGCCCGAAAGUUGCUUUGUACGACAUGGAGGGGCAUGAAGACAAGAUUAUGUGUUGUGACUGGUCCGUCAGCUCAAUGGUCGUCAGUGGCGGGUCUGACAGCGCGCUGAGAAUCUUCAGAAUACCGGAAAAAACACUUUGUGGAGAAGUACCACCAGCCAAAUUAGCAGCCCUGCAAAAGGUGCUUCAGAGCGACUUUUUCAAUGCCGUGCGGGAAGUUUAUGAGCAUGUUUACGAAACUGUGGACAUUUCGGGAUCCCCCGAAGUCCGUGCAUCAGCUACAGCAAAGGCUACUGUCGCUGCUUUUGCGGCCAGCGAAGGACACGCUCACCCUCGAGUGGUAGAGUUACCGAAGACAGAAGAAGGGUUAGGUUUCAAUGUCAUGGGUGGAAGAGAGCAGAAUUCUCCGAUAUACAUUUCGAGGAUUAUUCCUGGUGGAGUCGCUGAUCGUCACGGUGGAUUAAAGCGUGGAGAUCAACUUCUGUCUGUGAACGGAGUCUCAGUUGAAGGCGAACCUCACGAGAAAGCUGUGGAAUUGCUGAAGGCCGCUCACGGAACCGUGAAACUUGUCGUCCGUUACACACCGAAAGUUCUCGAAGAAAUGGAGGCUCGUUUUGAUAAGCAGCGACAACAGCAGCGUCGAAAACAAACCCAACAAACUUUGUGGUUUGCAUUAUAUGCGCUUGCGGUGGAUAGCGAUUGUGUUUUCAAGGGGCAAAACCUGCUUCUUCAACGCACGAAUUUGCUCAUCGGUGAAUCGAAAGGUAUCGGCGAAGCUCAUGAUCAAUCGCGUGAUGGUUCCAACUGCGCUUUUAGUUGGGCGAGAAAUCGUUUGAGGCCUCGUUCAGGCUCCGAUUCCACUCAGUUUGUAGAAGGAAGCUCUGGUCGGAUUUUUGAUUGUUUGCGUUCGUUUCACAAUGUUCACCUAUCGAUUUGGCCGAACUUGAUACGACGGAAGUAUCUUUUCGUCAUGGCCUUGAGUGGGAAGAAAGCAGAGGAAGCAUUGAAUCACAUCAAAGAAGCCGAGAAAGCAUUGAAAACAUCGCUUCUUGGUUUAAAAUUCAGACCUGAUUAUGACACUGCCGCGGAUGAGUACAAGAAGGCUGCUACCUGUUAUAAAGUGGCCAAGUGCUACAAGGAGUCUCGAGAAUGUCUUCUGAAAGCACAUCAAUACUUCUGCGAGUACAAGCAAUGGUUCGGCGCUGCGAAGUGCUUGGAUGACGUCGUAAUGCUUUGUAAAGAGUUGGGCGAAUCGCAUUACAAGGAGGCUUUCGAUUUGAGCCACAAAGCAUGUACGCUUUACCAGCAGCAAGGCUCACCGGAGACCGCCGCUUUGAGUCUGUCGAAGACGGCGCAGAUCAUCGAAAAUGCUAUGCCCCAAGAAGCUGCUGAGCUGUAUUCUCGAGCCGCGGAAGUCGUCAUGAUCGAAGACCGACCGAAACAAGCCGCCGAGUACACUGCGAAAGUUCAUCGACUCUUCGUUAAGCUCAAGUUGUUCGACAAAGCCUUGAAGGCCAUUCGUCGCGAGAUGGGAUAUUGGCGGUCGGGAGGGUCUAAAGAUCGCAUCGGAUGUCUCGUCGUGAAUCUAGUCCUAGUUGAGCUCGCUCGUAUGGAUACCGUGGCAGCUGACAAAGCUUUCAAGGAGUGGGGCGAGUAUUGCUCUUCGGAGCAAGAGCAGUUAAUUCUACGCAUCCUCGAUGCCUACUCUGCGGAAGACGAGGAGGCGUGUCGGAAGGCGCUGACUGACCCUUACAUCAAGCACAUGGAUGUGGAGUACGCCAAGUUGUCGAGGGACAUGGAAUUUCCGCGAGAGUUCUCCGUAGUGGAUGGCCUGGCCUCAAAUCUUGCGACAGGAAUGAACCUACAGGGGAACGAUUCCCCAGUUCCUGAUUUGCCACUCAUUGGAAGCUCUUCCACAGUGGGGCAUCCCCGUCACGACUUGGGCGAUGAGGAUGAGGAAGGAGAUUUGGGCAGUGUCUGUUCAGCUUUGAUGGGCAGUGCAAACCGGGGAAGCAUUCGACCAGUCGUCUCCGUCACUAUGGAAAAUGGGGGAUGUUCCACCAGAUUUAUUCUUGGGCUUUUGCUGGUUGGCUUCGUGUCGUGUUCCAUCCAAAAUACUAACACUAGCUCUGACAUUGCGGAGAGCCUCCAUUAUUUGAAUUACGUUCAAAUGACGAAUAUGAUUCUCCGCUGGAAAACGCAAUCUCCACUCCUCGAUGUGUACAGCAUUGGGAAGUCGCAGAGGAACCGUGAACUUUGGGUUCUGAAGCUUUCCACUAAUCUCACGAUGCGACCUUUAGGAAUGCCAAUGUUCAAAAUAGUGGCAAAUAUGCACGGAGAUGAAUCAGUGGGACGCGUUCUAUGCCUUGGUUUGGUUGAAUUUUUCUUAAAAAAUUAUCCCCAAGAUCCAGAUGUGAAGCGUAUCUUAGAUACUACUGAGAUACACUGUAUGCCUUCAAUGAAUCCCGAUGGAUUCGAAUUUUCUCUGGAGCAUCACUUGCAAUCGAAGUUCGGGUGCGAAUCUUCUCGUGGACGUCGGAAUUUCAAUGGUGUGGACCUGAAUCGGAACUUCCCGUCGCAGUGGAAUGCAAACGUGACGGGGCUGUACCAGCCGGAAACAUUAGCUGUCAUGCGGUGGAUAAUCGAUAACAACUUCGUUCUUUCCCUGAAUAUGCACGGUGGAUCACGUGUCGUUAGCUACCCGUACGACGACUCGAGUCAACAUGUGCCACAGGGCCAUUACAGUGCCUCUCCUGAUGACGCGUACUUCCAGCGCAUAUCAAAAAUCUAUGCCUCGUCGCAUCCACUCAUUCGAACUGGAAAGCCGGAGUGUCUUGGGUCAGAAAAGGAAACAUUCCCGGACGGUAUUACAAAUGGAGCGCAUUGGUACGAUGUUGAAGAAGAAGCACUGUAUCAAAGCUACUUUUCAGGUGGCAUGCAGGACUUCAACUAUAAGUGGUCGAAUUGCUUCGAAGUGACUGUUGAGCUGACGUGUUGCAAGUUUCCGAGGGAGACAACUCUGGCUAAGGAAUGGGAAAUGAACAAACGGUCCAUGAUGAAUUAUAUUCAGCAGGUCCAUCUUGGUGUCAAAGGAAUCGUGAGGGAUGACCUUAAUCGAAAUCCGAUUGGAAAGGCCGUAGUUGUCGUGCAAGGAAUUGACCAUAACAUCACGACGUCGUCUAGAGGGGAAUACUGGCGCCUCCUCGUGCCUGGGACUUACACGAUUACAGUCGUCGCAGCGGGUUAUCAUCCUCAAACGAAGAAUGUUUCUGUUCUGGAUAGAGACUCAAUGUCGCAGCAGGAUUUCACACUGACGAGCAUACAUCCUGUUCCUAUUAUGACUGAUACUGCAUCGCCAGAUAAAGUUGCUGGAAAAGCUCAGGAGGAUGUUCACAGUGCGUACGAAACUGUGUCAGAACCCAUUGACCACAUCGGAGAUCUCAUAUUCGAUACGGAGGAAUUGUUCAGUACCGGGUUCUUGAAAACCCCGAGUUUUCGACACCAUAAUUAUAGUGAUAUGGUAGCCUUCCUGUUGGAGUACGCCGCUGCAUAUCCACGUCUUUGUCGAUUGUAUUCCAUCGGAAAUUCUGUUCAAAAUCGCGAGCUUUACGUCAUGGAAAUAAGCGAUAAUCCUGGGAUGCAAGAACCCGGAGAACCCGAAGUCAAAUUAGUUGGCAACAUGCAUGGCGAUGAAGCUGUCGGUCGAGAAAUUCUGCUGACACUAAUUCAGUUGUUGCUGGAGGGUUAUGGUCCGCUGCCGACUGCAGAUCGCCAUAAGAAUUGGACAGCAAGAGCUGAGGUGGAACGACAACGUAUUACCCAUAUCGUGAAUGCCACUCGGCUCCAUAUAUUGCCAUCCAUGAACCCGGAUGGCUAUGAAAAAGCUUUUUCGCAUCAAGGUGCUCAUGGUGGGCGGGAAAACGCCAAUGAAGUCGACCUAAACAGAGAUUUUCCGGAUUUUUUCCAUCCGUCGGAGAGAAGCAAUAAAACAUUCCAGCCGGAGACGCAGGCUGUCAUGAACUGGUCGAAACAGCAUCACUUCGUCUUGUCCGCGAAUUUUCACGGAGGAGCAGUUGUUGCAAAUUAUCCAUUCGAUAACUGCCGAAACUGUUCUGAACUUCAGUAUAGCAAAAGUCCUGAUGAUGCUAUUUUCAAGAAACUUGCUUUAGCGUAUUCCAAGAACCACGGGAGGAUGAAGAAUGGGUGUGUGUGCGACGGAACAUGUUUCUCUGAGGGAAUAACGAAUGGUAAUAAAUGGUACUCCGUUAAUGGAGGGAUGCAAGACUGGAACUACCACGAGCUCGGCACGUUCGAAAUCACGAUGGAAGUGUCGUGUGAGAAAUUCCCUGCGCAAAGUAAACUUCCAGGAUUUUGGAUCGAGAAUCGCGUGCCGAUACUUGAAUACAUUUCUCAAGUUCAUCGUGGGAUUCACGGCUUUAUUUCAUCCACUCGAGGAAUCCCGGUGCCUUUUGUAAACGUAUCAGUGGUGGGAAUUGAUAAAAACGUGACCAGUACUCAGCUUGGGGACUAUUGGCGCUUGUUGUCUCCGGGAAAGUAUGAAGUUGCGUUCCAGGCAGAAGGCUUCCUCCCGACGACGAAAGAAUUCGUCGUAGAUGAGAACCGGCGUCCGGAAGCACUGUUGAACGUCACGCUGGUCGCCGUGAGCGACGCAACGCACUUGAAAGCCGCCGCGGAACGCAUGUUGUUCGACGCCCACGCUGCUGUGGAUGACAACCUACGUGAGAGAGUUGACGAAAAUAUGGAUGUAACCGAGGGAAAACUUCGGAAGCAUACGAACAUCUCGGAAUCUAUGGCAGAUGCGCAAGAAUGGGCCAUUAGAGAAGACGCCAGCGUGGUUGAAAACGUCGUUGAUCAUCCGCUUCGGUACAGCAAUAAGCAAGAAUUAUACACGGCCAUGGCGGAACUUGAGAGUCGUUUUCCGGAUUUCGCCGAGUUCCUAACCGGGGGAUCGGAAUGGAGUAUUUUGCUGAAGACCCUCAAACUCGCUGCUCGAGCGCCCGAUUCUGGUGGAAGUCAAAUUAAAAUGGCUAUUUUCGGAAUGCACCCCAUGGGUUCCGAUCAUUUAGUUCGCAUGGCGAGACAUCUUUGUGCCGCCGGCAAGAAAUGGGACGCGGGUGCGAUCAGAAUUUUGUCGAAGGUUACUCUUUACUUGGUACCGUUGAGCUUCCGUGAGGAUCAUGUGCGCAGUUUCUCGUCUGUAUGCGGACGCGAAAUCGGCUUGGGAAUCACUGAUGCGUUCACGAUGGAUUCAGCUGCCGCUGAUUCGAGAGUUCGAGCUGUGAUGCAGUUCUUGCGGUCAGAGAAUGUAAAUGUGGUCGUAACCCUGGAUGGUCAAGGAAAUUUUGCAAGACUGCCUUCCGACGUUUCUCCGUCGAAUCCUGAUCAGCAAGCAGAGUACCUUGCUUCGAGAUUGCGCGACGCUGCCACAGAAACCAUGCGAAGCAGCGCAAAAUUGAAAGAAUGUUACCAAGGCUUAGACCCGGUGUUCAUUCCAAUUUCGGGUCCAGUUGAUGGGUAUCCUGUUGUCUACACUCCGCCUCAGCGAUUCGCAGACGCCCUGAUCAACUACGCCAGUAUUAGCCGAAUACCAGCGAUCGACAUCCGGUUUUCCUGCUGUGAUGAAACUGAAUCUCCCGUGUCCGUCUGGCAGAGAGUUUUGCCUGCUCUUGAAUCCGUUUUGUUGGCCACUACUUUUAGUGCAACCGGUGUGGUCAAGGAUGACAUUGGAGAACCCCUGCCUUCAGCGAAUCUGACUUUGCAAGGCGCAGAGACGAGGCUGAUCCGGUUGAACGAGGAAACUGCUCGCUUUCGUGUCGUUCUUCCGCCUGGCCUUUACUUAGCAACGAUAGGUGCCGAUGGUUUCGCUAGUAGGAUUGUCCAGUUGACGGUGAAGCAACAAGGAGUCCCUGAUAAGGAAUCUCUAAGUUACAUGAUGGAGCGCAAAACCUUAGCUUUGCAGCAUAACGAAGUUGUUGGCGACGGAAAGCCAGAAAUUGUGCCGCAUUCAAAAGAAAAAUAUCACUCAUACCGGGAAAUUGAAACUCUCAUGAAUAUCGUAUCGCACGAUCAUCCCGAUAUUGCAAAGCUUCAUAGCAUUGGCAAAACAGUGGAGGGCAGAGUAAUAUUUGCCCUGGAGUUCACGAACGACGUGCAGACCUCGCUACCCGGUCGUGCGGCAGUUGCUGUUAUUUCUGGUCUUCAUGGAAGCCAACAUUCAGGCCCCGAGCUCGUAAUGGACAUGAUACAUGACAUCGUCGACAACCGAAAUGGAUCCAGAAUUUCUAAGCUAUUGAAAAGAGUCAAAAUUUUUCUCAUUCCGCUGGUGAACGCGGACUCCUUCGAAGGUGGUGUGUUGGAAUCUUCCAAAUUUUGUGAUAGGCUUGGGGGUAGCUGGUAUAAUAAGAACAGCGUGGAUCUCGCUUUUGACUUCCGAGCUGCAACGGGCCAACCUGAGACCGAAGCGCUCAAGGGAUUUUUCCGUGAGAACUCCUUCAUCGCUUCCGUUAUUUUCGAUGGGAACGUUCAUGAGAGCUUCAUUACUUACCCGUGGUACGGGGAUAAACAUUCAAGGGAUCACCAACCACCAGAUUCAAGUGUUUUCCGUUGGCUGGCAUCUGAGUACAGAGGGAAACUGAAUGAUACCGAGCUUCAAGAACAUUUCCACGGAAGCUUCAAUGUUCUUUGCGCCGAGAUCCCCAAGGAUCAGCUCAGCAAAGGCUUCUCUCCCGCCGCCGCCGUGUCGCCUCGAGAUGGCGCCAUUCAGGAUUUCGUUUACGAGACUUUAGGCGUCUUCCAGUUUUCUGUUUUCUUGGGUUGUUGCAACGCUCCGAGCUAUGGAGCGCAUAUGGCUCUGUGGAGGAAACACAAGCCGGCUGUGUUUCACCUCAUCGAUGCUGUGACGAGACACGGAGUCAAAGGUUUCAUCACCACGGCAGCGACGAAUGAGCCCAUUCCGGGGGCACAAAUUACGAUCGAAACCUCGGAGAACGCAUGGACCGGGACGUCGCGCAACGCCGGUCAAUUCUUCAGACUCGUCCCUCUGAAUGAUUCCGCAAUCAAGAUGUCUGUGGCUGCUGAAGGCUACUUCGGAGCCAGAAAAGAAGUCCAACUGCUCAAGGACGACCUGACUGCGAUUAAAGCAACUCUGGAUAAAGAUUCAACCGUCAUGGGGCUGAAUCGGAGCACAUUUGCCGUUGGCACAGGUAUGAUAAUGAUUCUGGUGAUCGGUGUCGUGAUUUUCAUGCAUCAAAAACGUCAGAAUUGCCGAAAGGCGCGGCGUGAAGCAGGAUUUCACCAGCUCAACAGUAAGAGCUCGUACAUCGACGACUCUGAUGAAGAAGACAUCGAUGAAAUGUUGGAAUUCGCCAAUUUCAAGAAACCCACUGGUGGCGAGGACCAGCGAGCUAGGCAAAUUGAGUACCCAAGCGAAGACGAUGAAGAAGAGGAAAAAUUUUUAUUUCUCCAGAAUGCCGAUUCCAAAGCUUUGGAGUUAAGCGUGAUGUUCUUCAAAUAUAAUUACGCGAAUCAGUCGAAAAUCGACAGUUUACUUCAGAAGGAGGAUGUUACCUUGCAGGAGCUUAUGGAUGAAAAUGACAUCAUACAAGAAUGUCAAGGAAGAAAUUCGGCCCUAGUAGAAUUUUUGGUGAGACCAGAAAAUCUGGACGCUCUUGUGGAUUACAUAUCAGAAGAACCUGCGGAAGAUGUGGACGAGGUAUCUAGGUACAAAUAUCCAAAUGUGGCCUGCGAAUUGCUGACCUGUGAUGUGCCUUUGAUCAAUGAGAAACUAGCGGACAGCACUGCUUUGCUAGAAAAGCUUUGCGGUUUUAUCGAGAAAGAACCUCCCCUCAAUCCUCUUAUGGCCAGCUUUUUCUCACGCACACUCGUGACCAUGAUCACAAGGAAAACAGAUGAGAAUUGGUUUUCCUAUCAGCUCGCAUGUCUGCAUUUCUUCGAAUUCAUCCAAGCGCGCGAAGGAUUCGUUCAAUCCUUGAUCAGUCAUAUGGGUACGUCCGCAAUCAUGGAUGUCCUGCUGAAGCUGAUGGUCUACAUAGAGGGCUCAGAACUGAGGGUUAAAUUCACGCAGUGGCUGUGUGAGCAGCAACUUGUGGAGCGAUUGGUGUCGUGCUUUGAUGCUUCCGUGUCGAAAGAAGUACAUGUUAACGUGGCUCAGCUCCUCUGUGAUAUGAUCGGCGUCUGUCGUGGAGACGCUACUGUUACACGAACUAUUCCGGGUCCUUCCCCGAAUCAUGUGAUGAACAAUGCGGACGCCGAUUCCUCAGCUCAGUUUACCUUCCUAAAGCAGCUCGAAUCGAAAACAACACUCGAACUCAUGUUGCGUCACAUGCUCGGGACGUCAGAAAGAUCUGAGUCGGCUGUAUAUUAUGGAAUCAAAGUUCUCAUUGCUCUAAUUGCAUCGAAGAAAACUGCCGUUGGAAGCAAUGGUGAAGAUCAGACAGAAACACAUGAUCGUGGGGAUUCCAACAGUCCUCCGUUUUCUAGCAGGGACGAUAAUGGUAUGAGAGGAGAUGCUCGGAGUACGGAUAGUGACGAGAGUGGAUUAUCCCGGAUUCCAUGCGGUGUUCGCAAUGUUGUUGAAGCUCUACUUCCGUGGCUCAGUGACAUUCAUCGUAUCUUACUGAAUCCCCCUAUCCGUGAAGCCGUCAGAACGACCGUCGGCGUUUUAGAUCCCCCUUUAGGGUCUGUAAGACUGCAAAUAGCCAAUCUCGUCACUUCCUUGAUUAUGCUGAAGUAUAGGCCUGUCAGCACGCAGCUUGUUGAGCUCGGAACCCUUCGAGUUCUCUUCGAUCUAUUUUUUGCGUAUCAAUGGAACAACUUCCUCCACAGACAAGUAGUAGACUGCGUUCUUCAUUUACUGAGCACCGAAGAUAGUCCAAAAACCAAAAUUGUGGAGCUUUCAAGUUUCAGCGAGAAGGAAUCGCCUGAGAACAGUGAGAAUGCCGUUACUCCUGAUUCUCCACGAGACAACACGUCCGUAGAAGAGCCUGGAGGAAGCGGAAGAGAAGCAAGCGAGCACGAGUUGACUUCUAGGGAUCUGGAACUACUUGAUCCACUCCUGGUACAUCUCCUCAGAGAUAUAGACCUUCUCACAUUGAUAACACGAGAGUGGAGCCGUGACGAGGAAGACCGCAAAAAUAAACUCAUGAAGCGAGGAUACAUGGGACAUUUGGUGAACAUAAUUCAAAUGUUCGAUGGUGCAAGAACGCCCUCCGCUGAAAUGAGUGAUUCUGAUCGAAGGCUUGUUGCUUUGAUACGUGAAGCCGAGUCGCACAUGACAGAAGAAGACUUACAUAACUGGCUUGAACUAGUCAACAAGAAAGUGCCCGCAUUGCUGAAAACGUCGUACACUCUAAUGCCGAGCCCAAAUGAAUACAAUGACAGUUCUGCUGUUGAAACGGAUAAUUCUGGAUGUGGGGAUGGUGACGUUAAAGCUUCUGUCGAAGAUGAUGACAAUGUGAUACCAGAUAGGAUCACUGAUUGGGUGCACACACUCUCGGAUGAUCGCAACCCUUCCGUAUGUCAAGGAUUCGGGCUAGUUUUUGGAACAGGCUUGAGCAGCGAGGGCGUCGGCGGAAUCAAUCUGGAAGAUGAUGAUGAACAGGACACUCGUCGGUAUCAGUUUGAAAUGAUGUGCAAAGGCCGAGAAGACCUUAGUCGAGAUUCGGACGAGGACGAACAGGAAGCCUCGAAAGUCGACGCUGUUUUGUGGAACUCUGUGAAUGCUUUUUUCGCAAAUCCUGUACAAACUCCGUGGAGCCAGAGCUGUGGCAAUGCUGAAAGUAUUUGGAAAAACGAAGAGAAGAGUAAUUUGGGAGACGACCCCUGGGGUGCAUCUGGAGCAGAUCCAGUCGGAGGCGAUUCGAAAGGUUGGGCAGAUUUCAGCGUGUUCGAAGGCUCGGACACCAAGUCCACGAUUUCAUGGAGUACUGAUGUGGACAACACCGUGACUCAAGAAUUGCAGCCUUCGGAAGAUGUAAAUGAUGCUCAAACAGCAGCGACGGUGUCUGACUCGGAAGCUCAAUCGCCCGCGGUGGAAGAACCGGACUCUUCGAUGGAAGAAAAGUCGGAAGGGGACCAGCAGAUUGGUGAGGUGCAAAGCGUGCAGGAAGCAGGUGCCAGUGCCUCUUCGCAAUUGGAAGCCGCCCGUUGACAGACUCGAAAAUUGAAUUUCGUUCGGCCUGUCAUCUUCCGAAUCCCUUCUUUUUUUCCACAGCUUCUUCCUUUUCUCUCAUCUACUUCUGAAGUUCCCUUUCUUGCGUUCUGACGGAGGAAACACAUUUUCUGAAGAAUGGUUUGACGAAAGUUACGUGAUUCGCCUCAUGAAAAAAAAAAGUGAAGUUUGCAGACCAGGAAUCGCGAUCGUCCUGAUCUACCUCGCGAUCGUCUUCGCACUUCGCUCAUCGUGUCUCGAUUGCGCCUGCCAAAAGUUUUUUUUUUUUGCCUUUUUUUCAUCGAUUGGUUCAAUCAAGCAUUACGUUCUCUCGUGUUACUUUUUCGUGUUGCGUAGAGAUGCGUUUUGUACGAUCCGAUUCCGUGCUUCGACUUUUAUAUAGACCAUUCCCGAGCAUGAAGAAGUGGUGCAGCGUCCUGGUGUAUUAUGAAGGGAGCGGUACUACGUGGGAAGCUUUCCUGGGGUUCAAGCUUUGUAUUCCGUGCCGAUGAUCAGUGUUAUGUUUUUUAUCGAGUCGAUAACGCGUUAGUCUGUUGAAAAAUUGGUAUCAAGUUUUAGAAAGUUUUUUUUUUUUUUGCUGAACGAAAUGCGUGGUAGCGAUGCCGUCUGUGCCGCUGAAGCAGAUAUCUAGAUGCGACUGAUUCAGAGGAAGUGCGAGUAUGUGAGUGACGUCACGAUUUCCUCCGGGGGAGAAAUGCAGUGUGAGAUGAACUCUGGCGCAUA